UCAGUUUAAACUGUUACUUUAUUAAGAACACAUGUCUGGCAAUUAAAGAUGAAAAACCUGGUUGUACUAGCUAUAAGCAUUUAUAUGCUGGCAAUAAUUGUGGGACAUAGUGAAAGUGCAAAUAUUUUGGCCAUAUUUCCUUUUCCAGGACCAUCGCAAUACAUAUUAGUCUUGCCAUAUCUUAAGACUCUAGCAGACCGCGGUCAUAAUGUAACUGUAAUAAAUGCUUUUCCACAGAAAAAACCUAUACCAAAUUUUAGAGAUAUAUCGGUGGCAGAUAUUAUCAAGCUGCAAGACGAGAUGAUUGAAUCUAUACAAACAGAACGCAACUUUUGGCAGGAACUCAAUUAUUUUUCUGAUAUUGUGGAAGAUAUUCAAUUGAAUGUAUUAAAUAAUAAAGAGGUCCAAACACUAUUAAAAUCUGAAACUGAAACCUUUGACUUGGUCAUUGUGGAAACUAUACGCAGUGAAGUACUGUACGGCUUUGCAGCACAUUUUAAUGCACUUCUUAUUGGGGUCUCAUCUUUUGGCACGGAUGUGGAGAUUGAUGAACUCGUUGGAAAUAUAUCACCUUCAUCAUAUAUACCUUCAGUUUUAAGUGAAUUUACCGAUCGGAUGAGUUGUAUGGAACGGUUAAAAAAUUUUGUAAAUAACAACUUACAAAUAUUACAUACACACUUCAUACAUAUACCACGCCAAAAAAAAUUGUAUAGUAAAUAUUUUCCACAUGUUAAAGUGCCAUUAGAAGCGGUUCGUAAUAAUUUCUCAUUAAUGCUGUUGAAUCAACAUUUCUCGCUGAGUUUUCCGCGCCCCUAUGUGCCAAGCAUGAUUCAAGUAGGUGGUUUGCAUAUAAGUCACAAGCCAUCACCUUUACCACCUGAUAUAGCUGAUUUCAUUAAUGGUGGUGAAAACGGUGUGAUAUAUUUCUCAAUGGGAUCUAACGUGAAAAGUAAGAACUUGCCAAAAGAAACUAUUGAUGUCCUUUUGAAAGUUUUUGCUUCCUUACCCCAACGUGUGUUAUGGAAAUUUGAAGAUGAAAAUUUAGCAGGCAAACCUGAUAAUGUUUUUAUUAACAAGUGGUUCCCACAGCCAGAUAUAUUGGCCCAUCCAAAUGUCAAGUUAUUUAUUACACAUGGUGGUCUACUUAGUACCAUGGAAGCUAUUUAUCACGCGAAACCUGUUAUUGGCUUACCGGUAUUCUAUGAUCAAUUUUUAAAUGUUGCUCGUGCUGUUAAAACAGGAUUUGGUUUAAGUGCUGAUUUGAAAAAAUUAGACACUCAAAGUUUGCGAUCUAAAAUUGAGAGUAUUUUAAAUGAUAAGAGUUAUGCAAAGAAAGCUAGAGCCAUCUCAAAUCGUUAUCAUGAUCAACCAAUUAAACCCAUGGAUGCAGCUAUUUAUUGGACAGAAUAUGUGCUACGGCAUAAAGGAGCUCCUCACAUGCGUGUUGCUGCACAGGACUUAAAUGUCUUUCAACUGUAUUGCCUGGACUCAGUGUGUAUGUUAGUAACUGGAACUAUUCUGGUCUUCGGUAUUGUUAUUGGACUUGUAGUCAAGUUGUUAGGAUGCGCUCUAAGAAAACCUAAAACUAAAAGAAAAUUUGAAUAAAAAUAUAAUCACAAUAAAUAAAUAAAGUACAAACAA